AUGGACAGCCCACAAAGAAUAUCCAUUAAAGAACCUCAAGUAAUCCUCUCUCCAUGCAACAGUACUACUAGAAGAAGAAGAAGAAGAAGCAACGAUUCAAACUCACCCGAAUUUGAGUUCUGGAAGGUCCGAAACCCAUCUUUCCCUCAGCCAAAUCUUCUUUCAGCUGAUGAACUCUUUGUUGAUGGUGUUCUCCUCCCUCUUCACCUCCUCCACCACCAAAAUAACAACAAAAACAACAACAACCCUGACCCGGACGAGCCCGAGCCCGAGCCCGAACCCGAACCACCCAACUCUCGAACUGACCCUGAACCCGAAAUUUCACCAGCAAGCAUAACCGCAGAGCCAACCUCAAGUUCAAAGAGAUGGAAAGAUAUAUUAUUCAAGAAAGGUGACAAGAAAACUUCAACGGCAGCCAAGAAACAAGAAGAGAAAGAUAAAGACAAAGAGAAGAAGAGAGACAGAAAGAGUCAAAGUGGAGCGAGUUCAGCUGAGUUGAAUAUCAACAUAUGGCCAUUUUCACGUAGUAGAUCCGCAGGGAACAGUGUGACCCGACCCAAGUUGUUUCCCGGAGCUCCCGGAACCCGGAAGGUAAGUAGCGCCCCUUGUUCAAGGAGCAAUUCAGCAGGGGAAUCCAAAUCAAGAAAGUCUUUGCCAAGUAGUCCGGGUCGACCCGGUGUCCAUUUGGGUCGGAGUAGCCCGGUUUGGCAGGUCCGACGCGGAGGCAGUUCCGGCACGAAGAGUAGCCUUCUCGAGCCAGUGGUUAGGAGUGGUGAAAAACUGAGCAGUAAAAAGGAAUUCACCACCGAGCCUCGCCGCGGUAAAAAUAUAGCAAAUGGCAAUGGUAGCACUAAUGGUGCUAGAACAACAAAGGUUUUGAACAUUAAUGUGCCCAUGUGUAUUGGGUAUAGAAACCAUUUGAGUUGUAGAAGUGAUGAAAAUAGUGCUAUUGGUGCCGGUGGCAGCAGCGGCGGUGGUGGUAAAAAUAUUGACGGCGGGGGCAGCAGCGGUGGUGGUAGCGGUGUUAAUAGCACCAUAAAUGUUGGAAAUGGUGGCAAUCUUUUUAAUUUGCGUAGCCUCUUCACCAAAAAAGUUUAUUAG